GCAUUUCGUCGGAGCCUCAUUUGAGAUGGACUUUCUUUCCAAAUCUCAACAUUCAUAGAUCGAACCCAGCAAGUUGGAAUAUGUCGUCCGUCUUUCAAUAUAAUUCUUCGUUCACUUUCAGUCAUCCAGGUUGGGAUUCCGACCCAGUUGCUGACUUUGCCGAACUGGCUCUUGCUCAAGUAACUGCAAGGACGCCAGACCCUGGCCCAAUUGAAGACUUCACAACAUUCGCCCAGCAACUCCAUGCGACUGGCUUACCAAUUGUCGAAGCCGAUGACCUACAAGACCUCAAAGAUGGCGCUUCCAUAGGUUCCGGUACAACCAUGACCGUCUUCAAAUACCUCUGGAAGUCAAAGAACAGAGUUGUCGCUGUUAAAAGAGUCAAUCUCGGAAUCGCCCUCGGCCAGUCCCAAGACGAGACUCACUCUCAGGAAUACUCCGACCUACUCAAAUCGCUUCUCAGAGAACUGAGAGUGAUGAACCAUCCCUGGUGCAAAGCCCAUCCGAGCUUCGUUGACCUCCUGGGAGUAAGCUGGGAUGCUGUCACUUGUGAUGAGGGCAUCAGUAGUUAUCGACCCGCAAUGAUCGUUGAACUGGCAGAUCCAACGACACCGCAGUUGAGAGACUUGGUGAAAAGGUCUCGAUAUCCUCUCAGCCUCAAGGAGCAGCAAGUGAUGUUUGAUCUGCUUACCGACAUUGCUGAGGGAGUUACUAUGUUACAUGCCAUGAAAAUCGUGCACGGAGACUUGAAACCUGACAAUAUCCUCUUAUUCCGGACGAAAGACCGUUUAGUGGCGAAACUGUCUGACUUUGGAUUCUGCAGUCCCUUUACUGAUACUAAGUUCAAAAUUGGCGGAACUCUAUACUGGAAUGCCCCGGAAUGCAUGCCAAAUGCCCCAGAAGAACUGCGCGGUUUCCGAGAUACCAUAACUCGGGACCUUUACUCUUUCGGGCUGGUAAUGUCGUACUCGCUCUUUUCUACACUGCCGUACGGAAGUGUGACGGAAGAAGACACGGAAGCUGUGGAAGUUCAAAGGUGGAAGCUGGAAAAAGAACCCACCAUGUUCCUAUACGACAAGAUUCUCUCGUACGCUCCAAGUCUCCAUGCAAUCCCAGUUCCGUUAGUUGAAAACCUGUAUGCAGCCCAUCACCAACCUCAAGACCUGUUGUGGUUUCAGAUAUGGGCUGCAAUAACAGAACUACUGCGCCGGCAACCCAAUGAACGCAAUAUAAGGAUGGGUCAAAUAUAUUUGGCCUUCAAACAGCCUCAGCGGCUGAGUGAGAUACUCAUGCCGCAGACGCAUGGACGGAAGGAUGCAAACUUGAAUGCUGUUGAUGUGACUCGAUCGUCUGUCCUCAGACCCAAAAUCGUUUCCAGCAUGGCUCAAGGCAUCCCUCAGCGCCAGUUUAGUAAGUUCGAUGCCUUCAGACUAGGCCAAAUCCCGACAGCAGUUCAGUCCCUACUUCUCCAGGACUUUGAGCAGAGAUACUCAUCUGCCAUUAAUAGCAGUCAAGAAGCUGCUGAUCUGGCACUUGUUCUCUCAAACUGCCACGGCCGAGGGUUCGGCUGCCAUCCGAGUCCUGAGAAGGCGCGGGAUUAUGAAGUACUGGCAGCUCAUGCAGGCUCUGACGCUGCUCAAAUUCAAGUACUCUGCCAUGGUCUUCUUGAUGGCUUCGAUGACUCGGUGACAGCCGAGCAGAAGUCUGACUGGCUACAAACUGCUAUUUGCGAUAUCUUCUCCCCUCUCCGGCACCAUCUCUCUGACGUCAAGAGGGAAUCGUUUCAAGGUGCCUUGGAACGCAUUCCGGGCGACCUACUUCACCAUGCACUGCUGUACUCAUUCGUCAAGUCGUAUAUGGAUGAAAGAACAAUCUAUAACCUCGCUUUCGACGGUGCGGCAGAGGAUGAGCUGUUCUCUCUUGUAGUCAAUAACAACAUGGAUGAGCUUGUCGCAGCCUUGAAGUCAGACAUGAGGCUCUUGGGUGGAAAGAAAGACGGUUUCACGCUAUUACACGUCGCAGCGGACUAUUGUCAACUGGUCCAGGGGUUCAAGAUGCAACCUGACACGAAGUCUGAUCAUGGCGUCACACCAAUCGAGCUGGCUGUUGAAACGGGAAGUGUCGACUGCGCACAGCUGCUCAUCUCCCUUGGAGCUGAUAUCAAGCCUCUUGCAGAUCAAGAGCUUUUCACAUCUGCUGUCAUGACUGGAACCCGUAGCAGCCUCAAGAACAGUCCCGUAAAUGGAAAUUUCGCCAUGUUGUCGCUCCUCUGCAAAGCAGUUGAAGAGGUAUCUGGAGAGACGUCUGGAAAUGAAGCAGUCCAAGCCUUGAUAAGCGGGAAGUAUACCAUCGGUAUGCUAGACGAGGAGAGUGAUUAUGUUGCUCCCAGCUCACCCCUCGAACUCGCAGUGUCCGUUCAGAACUAUGACUCAAUCAUAGCCUUGCUCAAUCUUGGCGCUAAUCCCAACGUUUACACCUACUUGCCACCACUGCACAUCGCCGUAUUCUUGCGGGAGCCGAUUCUCGUCCUGCUGUUGCUGACCUAUGGAGCCCUUCCAAAUUUGACAAAUCGCGCCGAUGGAGAGACGGCAUUGCACUGCGCCAACGAGGUGAACAUGACAGAAUUUUCUGAAGCUCCACGAAGCGGCAUCAUUGAAUGGCAGCAGUUUGUGAAAGAAGGAAUCAAAGCAAUCGAUGUUGAUAGCGAUGAAUCUUUGAGUGCUAGGGUCAAAGCAUGUAUCACGAUCUUGUUACACUUCGGUGCAGAUCUGGAGGCGCGCAACUCUGAAGGCCAUACGGCUCUGGUGCAAGUGGUUCGGAUAGGUGAUUACACAACUGCUGAGUAUCUACUAGAGAUGGGAGCAGAUAUUGAGUCCAGGAAUGAUGAAGGAAAUACUGCCUUGCUGGGGUUUGAGUCAGAAGAGGUCCAGCAAUGGUGCAGGGGUAAGGGGCUUGGCAGUGGAACUCAGUAA